AUGGGUCGUAUGCACAGCUCCGGAAAGGGCAUUUCACAGUCCUGCCUUCCCUAUCGUCGUAGUGCCCCAAGCUGGUUAAAGACAACCCCAAAUGACAUUGUCCAGCACAUCACCAAAUUGGCUCGUAAAGGCAUAACCCCAUCGCAAAUCGGUGCCAUUCUUCGUGACUCGCACGGUAUUCCACAAGUCAGAUUUGUCACUGGUAACAAGAUUCUUCGUAUUCUCAGAUCAGAAGGUCUUGCUCCUUCCAUCCCUGAGGACUUGUGGCACUUGAUUAAGAAAGCUGUCACUAUCCGCAAGAAUCUUGAAUUCAACCGCAGAGACAAGGAUGGCAAAUACCGACUUAUUCUCGUUGAAUCCCGCAUCCAUCGUCUUGCUCGCUACUACAAGAGGACUCAGAAACUCCCACCAACGUUCAAGUAUGAUGCCGCUACUGCUAGCACACUCAUCGCAUCCUAG